GGUAACUGGAGUCUAAACAAACACACCAAGUUAGUACGGGUUUUCAUAGAGCGUCUGCCAUUACCGUACCGAAUUGCUGUACGUCCAUGUAAUGGGUGAUACGUCUUCGAUAUGUGUAGCUGUUCGGGUCCGGCCGUUUACUGAAAGAGAAACUAGAAACUUAAUCUCGACCCCGUCGCAGCAGCACUUUCUUGGUGAUGGAUCUUUUUCAGCUGGAACUGUGAAUGAACAAAUUCCCGAGAGAGGAAUUCGAAGAGUCAUUAAGGUUUUGGACGAUAAUGUUCUAAUUUUCGACCCUCCAGACGAAAACCCUUCGUAUGGAGGUGCCCCAAAGGGCAUGCAGGUGUUUCGACGGCGUUAUAAAGAUAUACGUUACGCCUUUGACCGUUUGUUUGACGAUACAGCAACACAGGAAGAUGUGUAUCGAGGAACUGCACAACCACUAUUGCAAAGCAUUAUGGAGGGAAUUAAUGCGACGGUCUUUGCAUACGGAGCCACGGGAUGCGGAAAAACACACACAAUUAGUGGUCGUGUUGAUGAUCCGGGUAUUAUUUUUUUAACCAUGCGUGAUCUUUUUGAACGAAUGGAACAGUUGCGUUCAGAACGAACGAUAAAACUCGAGUUAACAUACUUGGAGAUUUACAAUGAAACUAUUCGCGAUUUGCUUGAUCCAGACAAUACAUCUACUUCACACAGGAAUUUAAAUUUACGUGAAAGCAGUGACCAUAGCAUAACCGUCCCCGGAUUAACCGUGUUCCAACCAACGAAUCUUGAUGCAAUCAUGGAUAUCAUUAUACAAGGAAAUGCAAACCGAACCAUGUCGGCGACCGAAGCGAAUGCCGUGUCUUCACGUUCGCAUGCUGUUCUUCAGAUUCAUCUGAAACAGACGUUGAAAAAUAACCCUAACCAAACUUUGCAUUCUACUUUGUCUGUAAUUGAUUUGGCUGGUUCAGAGCGUGCUAGUGCAACAAAAAAUCGUGGAGAACGGUUAAUUGAAGGUGCAAAUAUUAAUAGGUCGUUGCUUGCUCUGGGAAAUUGCAUUAAUGCUUUGUGCGAUCCACGGAGACGACAGCAUGUCCCAUAUCGCGAUUCGAAAUUGACUCGGCUUUUGAAGUUCAGUUUGGGUGGAAACUGUAAAACGGUUAUGAUAGUAUGUGUUUCACCAUCGUCUGAGCAUUACGAAGAAACCCAUAAUACACUUAAAUACGGAAACCGAGCCAAAAAUAUUAAGACGAAAACCACGCAGAAUGUAUUGAAUGUCGACCUACAUAUCAACCAAUAUGUAAGUGUUAUCCAAGACCUUCGACAGCGAGUCGCUUUUCUUCAUGAAAAAUUGGCUCAGAAAACGCAAAAUUCUGCUGCGAGUAAGGACUAUAUAAAAGCUAAAAUGUUCGAGACAAAGAUGAAAGAGGCUCGUUCGCUUUUAAAAAGUGCCUUUGAAGGUUCCCAAGGAUUACUGAGCGAUAUGAUGAAAAGUGUCCGGGAGCUCAGACGUCUGGAAGAUGAUAUAAAAUUAGUGAAGAUUUGGUUGGACGUUGCGGAUAAGGAGAAUACUUUCUCUAACGAGUACAUUAUGCUCGCGAAAGAUCAUUUAGAUUCUCUGUAUACACAACGUUCUGUCGUUACCUCCAACAUCAAUCCAGAGGAAAUUUGUAAAUCCUUCCAGAACAGUGUUUCACACAUUAUUGCAGCGUUUCGCGCUGAGGAUUGUACUAUGUAUGCUGACAUGCUUCAAGACGAAGUUGAUCUUCUCAAGUCUAUAGUCGAAAAUCAGAUACUUGACACUCAACAUGAGUCUGAGUUUUUGCCAAAAAUAACUCGAAGAGUACUUCGGAACAUGUUUUUAAUGUUUCCAGCAAUUGCUCAUGAUGAUGCCGAGGUAAAUGAAGAAUUAGCCUCUGCACUUGAUUCUAUCAUUGAAAUUACACCAACUACGAAAAACUUUCGUUCCAAAACUAGGACUCAAUACCAACAACAAGGUGCUUCGCCGCGCAUUGAAACCAUUCAGUCACCUCGUCGGUGGAAAGCUCGAUCGCCAACCAAAUCAUCCACCGUACUCAAACCUUUGAAAAAGCGAGUUAGAUUCAGUUCGGCUACUGUUCCUGCCUCGAAUGCUGUGUUAAUGCCUUCGUCUGACUUCUCACAUCCUCGUGCUAGUCUGGGACCACCACGGCUUGCCGCAAGUGCUCGAAGUCACCCGAGAACAAUGUUACCUCCGUCACCGUUAAGACCUCGUAAAAGCACUGGUGCAACAGCACUUCCUUCCGUUCAGAAGCUUCCUGUUUUCAAACCACUUGAUUCGUCCGUCCGGCGUAAAUCUCUGACUGCUUUGCCUCUAACGCGUUCGGUGUCUUCUUCAUCGACAAGCCAGCAAAGGUUGUCCUUAGGCAGCGGAUUGUCCACAGCCUCUUCUGCUCCUCAGCCAAAGGAGUAAUCUCUCCUGCGGUGUAGGUAAUUCAGUUUUGUCUUAUUCAUGACCUUUGUCUAUUUAUGAUGAACGCUUUCGCAGCGUUGAUUUUAAUGAGUACCCAUUAUGAUGCAUUCCCUAAACCUUUCGUCUAUAAUAACAUUCCUUUGACUGGUUCAUUAGUUAUUUGUGAUACUCUUGAAUAUGAUUUUGUUUAAUUUUAUGCAAAUACUUUUUUCUCGUAUA